AUGGAAGUGACGGAUGAAGAACUCAUACGAACAAUAGAAGAUGAAGAAGCUUUAGAUGCAUUAGUCAAUGAAGCCGGAGACGCCUUUGAUCGUCAGUUCAAUUAUCAAACCCAGAUUGGAGGUGGUGCCACUUCGGACACUCCUGGUUCUUUUGAAUUCGUUUUAGAUCCAUUUGUAAAUCGUACCAGUGAGCGCAUGGGCGUGCGCGAAAGACAUUUUACCACACGUCUAAGACAACGCGGGGCCUUCAUACCUCCACAACAUCUCGCCACAGCCAUUACAGACGCCUUACACGCUACUGUACGUAGUCUCAUUCGGAGAGAUAAUAUCCCGGAUAACGAUCGUAUUUACCUGGGAUUGGCUAGCAAUCGACUUGCACACGCCUACAAUUACAGAGGAUUACGCGCGGGAGAAUGGUUACGUGGUGGGGAUCGCGUCGAUGCCUUGCUUUUACAAUUAAGUAACAUGCUUAAUUUGAAAUGGAACUUUGAAAUGGAUGAUUCCUUUCAAUUGUCCUUUACACAUGUGCGAGCUCCACCUUCGGGUCAAGGUAGAAAGAGAAAUCAUAAACCAGGUCAUAAUGACCCUAGACACUUCAAGAAAUUAAAACAUUCUAUCGUGGUCAUCACCAAUGACGACGACCUCUGUUGCGCCAGAGCUCUGGUCACCGCCAAAGCUAAAGUCGAUGGUCACCCUAACUGGCAAGCCUUUCGAAAGAGCUACAAAUUGCAACACACGGCAGCCGUUGAUCUACAUUUAGAAUCCGGAGUGUCUCGCGGUCCGUGCGGCUACGAUGAGUUAGAAGCCUUCUCCAAAACCCCUUCUCUCUACGACUAUCAAAUCCUACUCGUAGACGCCACACGCGGGUACGAAGUGGUUUCUUAUGGUCCACCUUCCCCCAAACAAUUGGUCCUUCUCUAUGAGCAGAACCAUUACGAUGUCAUUACCUCCCUUCCUGGCUUCUUCGGCACGUCCUAUUUUUGUGCACGUUGUCACAAACCCUACAACGAUGAAGGUCGUCAUGCCUGUAAUAAUAACCCCCAUCAUUGCUGUGCCUGUCUACAAACGGGAUGUCUGGAUUAUACCGAACGUCGUUGUAGACAUCUCGAAGCCUACCUACCCUGCGAUAGUUGCAGACGCUCCUUCUAUGGACCCACCUGCCUUAGCAAUCACUUAGGGAAAACCCAUGCAGGUAAACCCUCCAGCCCCCAUCAACCCAACGUUUGUGAAACUCGCAGGAAAUGCGGAACCUGCCGCAAACUACUUACGGGUAAAAAGCAACAAAAUGAACAUCGAUGCGGUUACAUCACCUGCCCAUCAUGCUCUAAGUACAUAGAGGCAUCGUCGCAUCGAUGUUUUGUGCAAGUAGCUAAAACCCCAGAAGAAGAGCAACGCACCAAUCGGUCACGUCGUGGUGCAGCUGCUGGCAUCCAAACCCUUCACACUAAUGAGGACGAAAUGCCCUCGAGUGACGACGAUGAUGAACACAAACCCCCCUUACACGUCUUCUUCGACGUAGAAGCCAUGCAAGAUACGGGACAACAUGUCCCUAACCUAGUCGUGGCCGAAACCGAAAACGACAACCGACCAGUCCAUAUCCGAGGAUUCGAGUGCAUGCGAGACUUCUUAGAAUGGUUAGACACCUUGACGGAAGGUGACACCCGAGACGUGACGGUUUUAGCCCACAAUUUUCAAGGCUAUGAUGGAUAUUUUGUUGUUCAUGAAUACCAUCGUCAAAACCGCAUCGUCAAACAAUUGCGGAACGGGGCUAAACUCUUACAAGUAAUCUUUGAUCGUAUCACCUUCAUUGACUCUCUUUCCUUUUUUCAAAUGCCCCUCUCGGCCUUUCCCAAAACGUUUGGUUUAACCGAACUCAAGAAGGGUUUCUUUCCUCACUUAUUCAAUACCCCUCCCAAUCAAUCCUAUGUCGGACACAUUCCCGAAACACAUUUUUUUAUGCCCGAAGUUAUGUCCGUCUCUAAACGUCAGGAAUUCGAGACGUGGCAUACCCAACAGUCCAAUAUCAUCUAUGAUUUCCAAAAGGAAUUGGUUGAAUACUGUGAAUCAGAUGUGAAACUACUCAAACAAGGAUGUUUAAAAUUCAAGGAAGUCUUUGAAGCCCACGCCCAUUUCAAUCCCUUCUCUCACAUUACCAUCGCCUCGGCUUGUAACAGGGAUUUGCGCCAGAACCGUAUGCAAGCUGGCACCAUUGCCAACGAACCAGUGCACGGUUGGCGCUUGAAAACCAAUCAAUCCCGCGUGGCCCUAGAAUGGCUUCACUGGCAACAGCACCAGUUACCCCACGGUUCCAUUCAACAUGCGGGCAACUCCGGUGAAUACCGAAUCCCUCAUACCCGAUACACUGUAGACGGUUACCACGAGGAAUCUCAUACCAUCUAUGAAUUCCAAGGUUGCUUUUGGCAUGGGUGCCGUUCUUGCUACACCAAUCGCACCGAAACGCAUCGCCGCCUAGACGACAGGUGCUUCGAUGAUGUGUACCGGUGCACGCAAGACAAAAUCCAACUAUUACGUGAUCGAGGAUACCAUGUCAUCGAAAUCUGGGAAUGUCAAUGGGAAAAAAUGAAAAAAGAGCGCGAGGAUGUGUGCGCGUUCGUUCAAAACCUAGACCUUUCAACCCCCCUAAACCCUCGGGAUGCAUUCUGCGGCGGUCGUACCAAUACCAUUCGCCUGUACCAUCGCGAAGAAGUGAUACGUUAUUACGAUUUCACUUCGCUGUACCCCUGGGUCAACAAAAACGGUACGUACCCGAUCGGACAUCCCGAAAUCAUCUCCCAACCCGGUCACACAGACAUCUCUCAGUUUUUCGGUAUUGUCAAAUGUACAGUGCUUCCACCUUCCCAACUCUUCCAUCCCGUACUACCUUACCGACAUGCCGGAAAACUCACCUUUCCCCUAUGUGCCUCCUGUGUGCUCGAGGAAAUGGAAAAACCCUUUCUACAACGCACACACCUCUGUCAUCACACGGACCGCGAGAGACAACUUACAGGUACGUGGUGUACCCCCGAACUCCAAAAGGCCGUAGAGAAAGGAUACAGUAUCAUUCACAUUCACGAAGUCUGGCAUUUUUCAAAUACCAUGACAGGUCUAUUCAAAGACUAUGUGAACACUUGGCUAAAACUCAAAGAAGAAGCUAGCGGGUGGCCAACUCAUGUAGACUCAAGCCAACGUGACAAUCAUCUACAGACUUACCAAGAGAAAGAAGGGAUUGUACUGGAUCCCACUAAAAUUGAAAAAAAUCCCGGUCUACGCUCGCUAGCCAAAAUGAUGUUAAAUUCCAUGUGGGGUAAAUUUGGACAGCGUACCAACAAAAAACAAGUCAAGGAAUUUGAUCAACCCCAAGAACUCGCCACCUUCAUGUCCAGCGAUACCUAUGACAUAUCAUACGUGGGUCUAGCGUCCGUGGGUGAACGCGUGGAAGUCCAUUACACUAUGGAAAACGAGGACGAAUCCAUCUCUCCUAAUCUGAACAUUUUCAUCGCCUGUUUCACCACCUGUUGGGCUCGUCUCCGUCUCUACGAGGCACUAGACAUGCUAAAAAAUCGUGUACUUUACUUUGACACAGAUUCUGUCAUAUUCCUCUCUUCCCCCCACGAUACAGAUCCACCUUUGGGGGAUUAUCUAGGAGAGUUCAAAGACGAACUACCACACGGUGAACAUAUCAUAGAAUUUGUCUCGGGAGGACCCAAAAAUUACGCCUACAUCACAUCCUCUGGAAAAGAAGAAUGCAAGGUGCGUGGAAUAUCACUAAACAGUCUAGGAACAUCAUACGUGAACUUUAAUGUCAUCAAACAAAACGUUUUGGAUGAACUCACAGCACCACUAGAAAAUGGAGACGUUCGUAACGUCAACGUACCCAUUCCUUACAAGAUUGUAAGAAACUCUGAAGAAUAUCACUUAUCCACAGUACCCCAGCAGAAAAUAUAUCGCAUGGUCUACAACAAAUGA